AUGACUAGUAGUGACGAAAGAACAGAGAACUACACAAUGCGAAUUAUUUUGUUUUUGGUUUUAAUAUGUUUGAUGCAUCUUGGUCAGACCGAAAUGGAAAUACAGCAACCUGGUAGUAAGCAUGAUGAACAAAAUUUACUAGUCAAUGCCCUCAACGAAUUCGGAUUUAAUUUACUAACAAAAAUGAUGAAAUCAUAUCCCAACGAGAACAUAAUUAUUUCUCCGGCGAGUAUAUCAUGUCUGCUGGCUAUGACUCUUCUGGGAAGCGUAGGGAGGUCGUAUGACGAACUCGCCAAGGCGCUUGGGUUUUCUGAAGAUAUCUUAACAAACCGGCACAACCAUGAAAUGUUUGGUGAACUUUUGCAACGCGUAAACUCCAAUGACUCAUGGAGUAAGACUAUGAUAGCCGAUGUGGUGUUUGUGGACAAGCAGUCUCAACUGCGAGAGGCAUACCGAUCUUACUUGCAUCGGGUCUACAAAGGCGAUGUUUUAAGUGUUGAUUUCAAAGAUGCUGUGAAAGUUAAGGAGAUGAUUAAUAAAUGGGUGAGUGAGCAAACUAAAGGGAGAAUAGAUCAAUUCCUAAAACAGUCAUUACCAAUGAAUACCAAAGUAGUAUUACUGAGCGCAUUGUACUUCAGCGGCCAGUGGGCAAAGUCCUUUAUACCUGAACAUACUAGAAAAAUGCCAUUUACGCGAGUGAACGAUACGAUUAUUGCGGACGUCAUGUUAAAUUGGGGAAAAUUCGACUAUAUAUUUUCGGUAAAAGAUGGGUUGCAUAUGAUUGCGUUCCCGUACAAUGACAGUGUGACUACAAUGUACGCACUUAAACCUCGACUGUCCAAAGAACUAAGUUUAUCUGAUUUAAUGCAGCGCUUGGAUUACUCUAAAAUUGACAACUUAAUCAAUCAAAUGGCGCGAGUAGACACAAUAGUGAGAUUUCCGAAGAUGGAAAUCAAAAGUGAUGUCAAUUUAGAUUCACCGCUGAAAGACCUUGGCAUAAAGUCUAUUUUUAAUCCAAAUGAAGCAAACUUCGCUCUUAUGAUAGACACAAAUACAAAAGUUAACAAAACCCAAGAUAAAUUAAUAUCAAGAAUAAAUAAUGGAGAUGUAGAACCAAAAGGCCUUAAGAGUAUUGUUAAUAGCCUUAUGAAUCCAGGUGUCUAUGUAGAUUCCGUAAUGCAUGAAGUUAAUUUGAAAAUCGAUGAGUACGGUACUGAGGCAGUGGCAGCCACAAGCGGUAUACUAGCAAGGACAUCUGAACUAUUCUACGCAGAUUCUCCAUUUUAUAUGUUCAUAAGAAAUGAAAAAACCAAACUUAUCACUUUCAGUGCAGUUGUGUUUGAUCCCACAGUAUAA